AUGGAAAAAUAUUCGUGUGAACUUUAUAUUAUAAAUGCUGGUCGUGGUGAUGCCGCAGUUUUUAUAGAACAACAUAAAAAUGGAAAAGCCCGCGUUAGUACUAUGAUCGAUUGUGGGCCAUACGAAGCCAGUCCGCGAUUUAUUAAGCUGCUGGAAUUCUUGGAUCUUAUACAGAUUUCAGAUACUGUUCAAGAUAAGAUAAUAUUGGAUAAUUUAAUAUUAACACAUCAAGAUAAAGAUCAUACACAACUUAUUGGGACACUGCUACGUAACAACGCUAAGAUCGAGAUAGAAAACAUUUAUGUCAGUAGCGGAUGUCUAUCACUCACCUGGCUCAAAGAGUUAGCUCCAAAGUACGAAAAAACAAAGGCUACUUCUUUCUACGACUUCCCAUUUCUUCAUAUUGCUGGACAAAGAUAUUCUGACAAGAACAAUGACGAGAUCUAUCAUUAUUAUAAGUCGUUUUCAAGCAAUGAAGGAAUAAUUGUGAGGGGAGCACACCGUACACCUGAAAUAGAUUCCAAUAAGGAGAAUGCAGAAUCCAUAUUGACAUAUUAUGUUCAUCCGGAAUAUAAAGAUACCAAAAGAAUCCUUUUCACCGGUGAUUCUCAAGCUGAAAUCGUGAAGAAACGAUGUAACGAUUCUAAGAUAAAACUCAAUGGUUUACUAUUAUUUAAAGUCCCUCAUCAUGGCAGCCGAUUCAAUAAUUUUGAUCCAUUAAAUGGUUAUCAUGAAAAGUUUAUUUUGAAAGAUAUGCGCGUAAAAUAUGUCAAUCGAGCAAUUGGAAUAUUUAUGAUUUGUUAUCAUGAACAAUCUCAAAAGAAUAAAGACAAGUUAACUCAUGACCACACUGAAUGGUAUGAUCGGUUUGCCUCAAAUAUGAGGAAAGGCUUAGCCGAUGCGUCGAAAAGUUGGACUUAUCAGAACAUUAUUCAAGAAACCUUAUCUAAUGACAUCAUGAUAAAAAUAAUGAAUGGAAUAAUCCAGUUAUGCAAGGAUGUUGCAUCGGAAUUUGGAAUUGAGCAAAUGUCGGAUGAUAAAAUUGAAAGAAUCCAAAAUAUGUGUAAAAGAUUCAAAAGUUUUCUUCCUCCAAAUAUGCAUGACGAUGUAAUAGAGUUCCACAAUGCGGUAUUAACCACUCAAAAAUUUCUUCUACGCGAUUUUUUUGGGUACAACCAAUUUAUGUCUUCUUUAUGGUGGCGACACUUAGUUGCUCUUUUCUACAAGGAAGUCAAUGCUUCGAAUUAUGUUAUAUCUUGUUACGAUGAAUAUGGUCAUCCACAUAUGGAAACAAUUGCUGGAAUUAUUCAAGCAGCUCAAGUUGCUCCGUAUGAAAGUGUAACGAUUUUGAUAACUAAUACCAGUACUAAUUUACUUGGCAAAGAGUCACUACUUCGAACUGAAAUGCCAGAGAUAGCAGGUGAUACUCUUCCACUCGACACAAUUUUGGAAGAAAAUCAUGGACUUUUAUCGAAGAAUCGUAAAUAUUGGCUCUUGAUGCAAAAUGAUGGUAACCUCGUUAUAUAUACAAAUGUGUAUUUGAAAGGUGUAACAUCAAUUUACAAUUUUGGCUAUGGCCCAUCCACUAGAUUGAACCCCUAUUUUCUAGCUAUAAUGCCGGAUGGCUUCCUUGUCGUUAGUGAUACAGAUAAACAUAUAUAUUGGGCAUGGCCAGAGACAUUAACAACAAAAGAAAUACCGGCUAAGAUGGUCAUACAAGAUGAUGGAACACUUUGUCUCUACAGCGAAAACGGUGUUGCUAUGUGGACAUUGAACUUUUUACGUAAUAUUUUUCACUGA